AUGAAUUUUAUUUUACUUCAGGUUAUCAUUUCUUUUACUUUCGAUUCCAAAUUCGUUCAUGGUUCAACUUCAACACCAUACUUGACUCAAACUCAUUCAAAGUUAAAGUCAAGGGAUGAAAUCAGUGUUUCGAUUCCAUACAAAGGAGUGGCAGUGAAUAGUACCUUAUUGAAGAUUGACUCAGAGUAUAGAAAGAUCAUUGAAGAAGGUUUUGAAGUUUUAACACCUGAGAAUGCUAUGAAGUGGGAAUUGACGGAAAAGGUUAGAGGAGUUUUCACAUUUGAGGACGCGGACGAGAUUGUGAAUUAUGCUUCUGAGCACAACAAACGUUCUCGAGGUCAUACAAUCAUCUGGCAACAACAAGUGCCAAGUUGGUUACCAGAACUUGAUCCAGAAGAAUUGAUAAAAGCUAUUCAAGAUCAUCUUAAGGCUUUACUACAUCAUUACAAAGGUCGAUUGUAUGCUAUAGAUAUUUGUAAUGAAAUCAUUGAAGAAGAUGGAUCAUUUAAAAACACGUUUUGGUACCAGAAAUUAAAUAAAACCUUCCCAAGAAUAGCCUUAAAAACUGCUCGUGAACUAGAUCCUACGGUUAAACUUUAUAUUAAUGAUUAUUCGAUCGAGGCGAUCAACAAGAAAUCAGAUGGGUUGUAUCAAUUAGCUAAGGAAUUGAAAGAACAAGGUUUACUGGAUGGGAUCGGAUUCCAAUCACAUUUCACGGUUGGAGGAGUACCAAAAGAUAUGCAAGAGAAUCUCGAACGGUUUGCUGCCUUAGACCUCGAUGUUGCUAUCACUGAAUUAGAUAUCAGAAUGAAACUACCAUCUUCAAAUGAAGAUAUAAAUCAACAAGCACAAGAUUAUUCAAAUGUAGUUAAGAUUUGUCGAUCGAUAGCUCGAUGUGUUGGGAUCACUCUUUGGGGAGUCUCUUACCAAAACUCUUGGAUUCCUUCGUUCUUUCCAGGUACGGGUGCUGCUUUACUCUACGACGAAAAUUAUAAACCAACAAAGGCAUUUGAAGCUUUCAGUUCCGCUUUCAUGUCAUGA